GAUAGAUAGAUAGAUAGAUAGAUAGAUAGAUAGAUAGAUUUCUGUUCAGCAACAGGAAGCAUGUUGCUGAACAACAUGCAUGAUUGUGAAAAAAAAUGCAAACACUGCAACAGUCUUAAUAGCUUUUCUUCAUGUAGUCUUAAUUCACCGAGCUUUCUAAAAUACACAAAAGAAAAGGAUAGAUCGCAAGGUGACUGGUACUGUACUAAACAUAUUAUGUGGGAUCUCCCAUACAAACACAAGCCUACGUAAAUCAAUCAAAUUAAAUCAAAUGUCAAAUAAACAUUGCAACGCCCCGACUUCCCAUGAACCAGCUGAUUGCACAACCUUAGUGAGAGAAAUAAGAGGAAGCCUCUAAAUGUUGCACACUUUACUUCUGCUUCACAUUGUUCUCUCCAUUCCCAUCAUGGGAACCUCAGGCAUCUUCUUCAAUGCUCCAGUUCUCUGUCUCUUCUGGCUAACAAAGCAUGCAGUGGACUUAGUUCAGCUGUCAGCUCCAGAGGUGGUAACAGCAACAUAUGGAGGUUCUGUGACAGUGUCUUGUCAGUACGACCAUCAGUUCAGAGAAUACACGAAGUACUGGUGCAAAGGACCGAAAUAUGAGCUGUGUACCAUAGUGGUGAAAACACCUAGGAACCGAUAUAGAGGCAGAAGCUCCAUUGCAGAUGAUAAGGAGGCAGGAGUCUUCACUGUAACUAUGACUUCUCUCAGAGAAAGUGAUGAGGAUACGUACUGGUGUGUCAUUGCAAGAAUUGGAUGGAACGUAUACACUGGUGUCAGGCUCUGUGUCUCCCACACAGUGAUAACAACCACAACCACACCAGCCAAAGAUGAAAUAAGGUGAGGAUAUACUGUUAUUUUGUGUGACAUAUUAAUAAAACAUUAACAACUGUUAAUAUAAUUGAAUAAAUGAGCAUAUGAACAAUUCUGUACAACAAAAAUAAAUAAUUCUUAUCCCAGCUAUUUUUUGUUUGUUUGUUUUAACUAGUUGGUGGGGGACUAUAUGUUGGAUCCUCUUUAUUUUAAUGUUGUUUAGUGUUUUUAGUGUUGUUUGGUAUCAACGCAUAUCAUUAUGUGGAGGAUAAAGACUGCGAGGAAAAUAUGGCCGCAACAAUUUCAACAUCAAAACUCAAACAUUUAUGAGUGAGUUUGGCAAGACCAUAAUUUUGAAUCAUUGGUGAAUUAUAAACCUGUUCAUACUGGGGCUACAAAAUCACUCUUUCACUGGACACAGUGUGAAUUAAACUGAAAAAUAAACCAAGUGAAAAAGAGGCUUUCAGACUCCUUUUUCUUAGUAUUUAAAUGAUUAAAAACCUCAUUAAUUUCAGUGCCAAGGCCUAAGAUAACUUUGGGCCCAACGUUUGAAUACCCAAUCAGCGUAAAAUUAGCACCUCUGGUGAACUGAGGCUCUUAGCUUUCAUUUAAUUUAUUUGCAGAUCUUAUAUGGACAGUCAUAAAGGUCGGUAUUCUUUUUGCAUUUAACCACCUGUUUCUAGGGGCCAGUGUUGAAUGCCAUGCAGAAUAAAAAUCCCUUCAUACAUAAAUGAAGGCCCAACUCUUGUGAAGUCCUGCUUUUGAAAGACAAAACAUGGACAAAUAAUAAGAUUGAAUGGUGGUGAUGUGCUGCUCUAUAUUUUGUUAAUUUAAGGAAGGAUCGCAGAGAUAUAGUUUCUUAACAAUAUACACACACACUCACUUCCAAGUCUUAUGGGAUACCUACAGCUGAGAUGGAGUUUCAAUUAAUGACUUCUAGUUACAAUCAAAGCUUAUAAGCAAAUACAUUUUCU